AUGUUCGCACACUUGUUCCCCUUCUCUACUCUCCACUCUCAUCAUCAAUCCUAUGCCAGGGGAAUGCUUGGUGCAUCCCCUACCAAGUGUCAGGGGCUUGGUGCCCUUGACAGCUCUCGAAGGCUUGGAGCCUUCGAGAGUCAUCUUGAUGAGACUCCAUCUCAUCGAGGUGCUACUUCAUAUAGCACAACUCAGGGCAUUGAAGACUGCCAGCUUUCCUUGGUUACCCUGGAGUCCAUCUUUUACUUCCCAAAUGAGACUCAGCUGUUCAUGUUACCUGCUGGUCAACAUUUGUCCUUGGCUGCCCCCAUCUCUGCCUUCUCCUUCUCAGACAAGACUCCAUUCACUUUGCCUGUUGCUCUGCCUUGUCUGUCUGAGACAAGACUCCUUCACUUUUCCCACUGGGACACUAAUUGGGUUUCUCUUACUCGCUUUCUUACUUUCCUGGUUAAUGUAGUGUUCUCUCCAUUAUCUAUUAAGGCUGAUGGUUUGCCAUGGCUACCCCCAGUUCUGUCUUCUCCUUCUGAUACUAGAGUCUUUUCAAUUUGCCUGCCAUACAUUCUCUUUGACAUCUAUUAUGCCAGGGGAAUGUUUGGUGCAUCCCCCACCAAGUGCCAGGGGCUUGGUGCCCUUGGCAGCUCUCAAAGGCUUGGAGCCUUCAAAAGUCAUCUUGGUAUGGAUAUACCCUAA